AUGGCAGCAAUAAUCCCCAUCCGCGUUCUGACUUGCUUUUGCUGCAUUCUCAGCUUUUUGCUAUUGCUUCUCCACUGCAAUUCCCUCUCCCAAGACGGCGUAAUUCUCCUUAAAAUAAAAAGGGAAGAUUGGAGGGACACACGGAAUGCUUUGAGCGACUGGAAUGAAUCUCACCAAAAUCCAUGUGCUUGGACAGGAAUCUCCUGUGAUACUUUCAACAGCGUUACCGUUGUUGAUCUCACUGGGGCCUCCAUUUCUGGCAACCUCACUUCCGCUAUAUGCGCCCUUUCUAAUCUCACCGCCUUGAUUCUCCAACGCAAUGCUUUCACCGCUCCUUUCCCCAUUGGCCUCUUGCAUUGCAAGCGUUUGCACAAGCUCGAUUUGUCGAGCAACCACUUUGCCGGAACGCUGCCCACUCGUAUCUCCGAGUUGAGCGAGUUGAGAAUCUUGAACUUGGCAUAUAAUAGUUUCAGUGGCUCCAUUCCUCCAGCCUUCGGAAUGUUGUCAAAGCUCGAAGCUCUCAUCUUCCACAAUAAUAGUUUCACUGGAGAAUUCCCUAAUUUUGUUGGGGAUUUGAAGUCUCUGAAGAACCUCACGUUUGACAAUAACCCUCUGCGUCCUGGUGUGCUACACAGUGAGCUUGGCAAUUUAAAGCAACUGCAGCAGUUAUGCCUACAGAACUGUAGUCUUCUGGGCAGAAUCCCGACUUUCUUGGGCAAUUUAACGCAGCUGGAAGAGUUGGAUUUGUCGCGGAAUCAUCUCUCGGGUGAGAUACCUACCAGUUUGAUGGCUCUCUCAAAUUUGAGAUCAUUGUUCCUCUAUGACAACAAUUUGUCUGGACGAAUUCCGGCCAACAUUGGCCAACUGAGGAGCAUAGAAAGUUUGGAUUUUAGCGACAAUCAGCUUCACGGCACAAUUCCCGACGGACUCUCAAAUCUCACAUAUUUGAAUUCUCUGCAUUUGUUCAGCAAUAGUCUUACUGGAGAGAUACCUGCUGGGCUCGGCAAGCUACGGUACUUAAGUUAUUUGAAGCUGUUCGACAACAAGCUCAGUGGAUGGUUGCCCCAGAGUUUGGGUACUUUCUCCACUCUCAUUUUUGUUGAUGUGGGGAAAAACGAAUUGGAAGGCCCUCUGCCAAAGAAUCUGUGUCGGGGAGGAGCACUCUACAGCUUUCAUGGCUCUUCAAACAAAUUCAGUGGUAAUCUGCCUUUGUCCUUUGUAGACUGCAAUUCUCUACACUAUCUGUACAUCAACAACAACCAGCUGAGUGGUGAGAUUCCUCCUGGGCUAUGGAGUUCUCCCAAUCUCUUAAGAUUGUAUCUUAACCACAAUAAGUUUGCAGGGAAGAUUUCAUGUUAG